GUUGCUCCGACUCUCAAUUCAUUCAAACCAUCCCGCUACGUAGCUUCAACUCCCGAGCUUCCACUAACCAAUCCGGAAAUAGAUGUUGAAGUUAAUAAAAGCAAUGCGCAAUUGAUCUACUGUCUUCUUUCUUAUGAUAUAACACCACAAGACAGCAGCAAAACAUCAGCCCCGAAUGGAGUCAGCGCAAAACCCGCCAGGCUCCCUGAGCUGGCGCCUAAGCUCGCAUCCCAUCACUCUUCUCACGUUUCUCGCAUUCCGCAUGUCAUCACUCCUUGUCUACCUCUUCGGUGUCAUCCUCACAGACAACAUGGUCUUAAUCUUCAUCAUCACGAUCCUCCUCCUCGCCGCCGACUUCUACUACCUCAAGAACAUCGCAGGACGGCGACUCGUCGGAUUACGCUGGUGGAACGAAGUCGACCCAUCGACCGGCGACAGCCGCUGGGUCUUCGAAAGCAGCGACCCAGCCACGCGAACCAUCAACGCCACCGAUAGCCGAUUCUUCUGGCUUGCUAUCUACGCGCAGCCUGUUCUAUGGGUCGCUCUUGCAAUAUUGGCUCUUGUGCGCUUGAAGUUUAUGUGGUUGCCUCUCGUCGCUAUCGCUCUCACUUUGACAGUCACGAAUAGUCUCGCCUUCUCGCGAUGCGACAAAUUCAGCCAAGCUUCUAACCUCGCGGGUAGCGCCCUCUACUCGAGCAACAUUGCGGGUAACCUCGCUAGCAAUAUGGUUGGGCGUCUAUUUACCUUUGGCCGAUCGUAACGAUAAGAGAAGCAAUUUGGAGAGAAGUUUGUUACAGUAUUCAAUCGAAGUUGGUGUCACCAUCAGAUAAGGAAAAGUGAUGAAGGCUACUCGAAGUAGCUAGUGUAUGGAUGUUUUAAGAUUCCCCGCAGCAGUCAAAUGUAUUUGUGUUUUAUUAUAGCAGCUCCGGGAGGUGCAAUUCCCACUGUAAUACUAUGAUAUGUACGAUUUAAUGAAAUCGCGGGACCGACUAUGUUUAUCAGCCAGACUGUUGUAGAUCAUAUCUAUCUUAAUGGAUAGAUGUUUAAGGCUGAUAUGAAUCGCGACGGGCAGGUGUGCUCCACUCUAUUCCUGUAUUACGCGAACAUAAAAGUACGAGUAGAUUACGGCAUUAACAAACCAAAGGUCUUCUGUGGAGAAAUCCUCAACUCUAAGAAGUAUCUAGGAUAU